UGGGAGAGUAGUUACAACACCAGAGCUACAAACUACAACCCUGGAAGCAGAAGUACUGACUAUGGGAUAUUCCAGAUCAAUAGCCGCUACUGGUGUAAUGAUGGCAAAACCCCAAGAGCAGUUAAUGCCUGUGGUAUAUCCUGCAGCGCUCUGUUGCAAGAUGACAUCUCUCAAGCCGUGACUUGUGCAAAGAGGGUUGUCCGUGACCCACAAGGCAUUAGAGCAUGGGUGGCAUGGAGAAAUCGUUGUCAAAAUCGCAACCUCUCUCAGUACAUUCAGGGCUGUGGAGUGUAACUGCAAAAUUUUCCUUCCUUCUUCAGCUCAUUUUGUCUUCACCAUAAUAAGGGAGUUGUAUUUAAUUGAAAGUUCACACUACCAUUGUUUCCCCUUCAAACAAAUAGCAUUUUUACAGUAGCAAGAGCAAAAUAUAACCUUUCUCAUAAUAGCCAUAAUAUUUACUAAUGUGUCUAUAAUUUGGUAGUGAACCCCCAUUUUCAGCUUGCUAAUAAAGCUAAUGCUGGUGAAAAUUUAUCUGCAAACUUGAUUAUCCAAUACAUCACCAGUACAGUUUUUCGUUAAUGAAAUACUAGUAUUUCCCAGUACUAUAUAAAAGUAUAAUAAAAGGCCAUCUUAAAAUCAAUUGAUCUUAGGCAAAAUCCAAGCUGUGUAGGCAUCCAAUGCCUCCCAUCCACAUAGUCAUAUCCAAAAAUAUGAAAAAUAAACACUCUGUUGACAGCAUAAAAUUUUUUAAAGGAGUGGAGUGCCAAAUGGCUUAGAUGGAUACUGACUGAAUUAAGAAUUUUGUUCGCACAAAGUUUAUGGCCUUUUGUUUAAGUAUUUUCUUGAAAUAUUGCAUUUAUACAGCAAAGAGACUCACAAUUUAUAUAUCAAUCUUUUUUAAAGGGCACUUAGGUGCAUCUUGCUGACUGUAGAAAGAUUAUGAGGGAUUAAAUGGGCUAUUGCUGUUCCCCAAUUUUAUUGCUUGCAUUACUAAAUUAACCACAGGAGUGAAAUUAUGCAUAUGUAAAAAUUACAAAUGUUAUCAUUAAAUGGUUGCAUUUC